AUGAAUAUUAAACGAAAAAUCAUCGUCUUAGUUAUCAGUUUAUUGUCGUUAAUUAUGAUACCGGUUAUAAUUGUUCUGCCGAUUCUUUUCAAUCAAAUCGAACAUGUGCCAACACUUAACACCACACUAACACUGUAUAUCAAUUCGUCUAUUUCAAGAAUCGAAGACAAUUACCGUGCUACUACCGAUCGACACGUUUAA